UGAAGUCGUCUCGAUAUGGGUCCGAAUAUUAAAGUAGAAUGACGGAUUUGUUAUAGCUGCCUAUUUUCAUGAGAAUUUGAAUGUGGAACUUGGUACUCUUUGACUUUAUCUGAGUAAAGAUUGUGUUGUAUUGAAGAUUCGAAGCACUGCGAUUCCCGACAUGUCCGGUUGUACCGGAGAAGGGUCAUCGCAGCCUGAGCCAUCACAAUACGAAUGGGAACUUUGUCGAGAAAAUGUGAAACCACUGAAAACAGGACGUCGCGUUGAUGCAAUAAACGAGGCUCUCGCCCACACCACUUACGGAUCGAAAGCAGAGACUUUGGCAAACCAAAAAUUUGACGAGAUAAUGCAGAAAUGUGAAACUGCCGAUGACCCUUUGAUGUACUGCCUUGAAUUCUGUAAAUGGUUCGAACAGAAAUUUCCACAUGGACGGCAGCGGUUAUUCUACUCUCUGCUGUGGAAAAUCGUGCACAGAUAUGCGAAAUGUCCCGAAUAUCUUGAUGACGAAAGGAUGUUGCGGAUUUGGGAGAAUCUAGCUGACAACAGUCUUGGUCACGGUUGGGAGAUUUACCAGCAUGCCCAUAGCAUAGGAUCUCUGCUUAGAUCUGCACAUUUGUACAUAAAAUGGGCUGAAGAUCUUGAGAUGCGUGGUGCAAUCGCAGAUGCCAGAGCAGUGUUUCGUCGUGCCCGAAAGCAUGGUGCAUUGCCAUUGGAAGCCAUCGAUAGUGCUGAAGAUCAGCUGGAAAUGCGUGAGAUGCGACGGCAGCUUGAUGGUAAUCAGGAUAGUGAUGAUUCUUGGGAGGAGGACGAGUUUGAUGAGAAUGGGAAACGUGUCGCCUUCACACGUUUGAGAACUAUGGAUGAGUCUUCGGCUGCGCCAGUGGUUCGAUUACCGGCGAUCGUUGGAGAACAAGGUAGCAGUAAACUAGACAGAGGACAAAAGAAACAGAAGCCAGUAAAUAAUGGUGUACCAACUUUUCAAAUACUAGAAGAUGACGAGGAGGUCAUGGAAAGCUAUCUAGAGGGCAUUUAUGAAGUAAACAAUCACAUUGAACGUUUUUCAUUACAAGAUCCUAAUGCAGAGAAGUGGAAGGCUAGCAAGGUCCCUAUAAAGAAGCUGAAUAAUUGUGCAAGCUCUUUCACAGUAUACCAAGAAGACGACGAGAAAGAGAACACAGAUCCACAAACGAACAAAGUCGUAAAGAAGCCUAUAUUGAUGCUCCGAAAAUACUUGAUCAGAGAUAUGUCUAUAGAGGAACACCUUGCUGCAAUGUAUGACAAAGACGAGAUUAAGCAGGACGUCAAAAAAGUGGUGCGGAAGAUCAACUUUGAUGACGAUGAUGACGAAUAAAAUUGUUGAGAAGCUAAGGACUUCUUGUGACCGGCAUUGUCCAUAUCGGCCUU